AGUAGAAGAAAUGAAAGAUUAUAAAACUGAUGAGAUAUCACAGGAUAAUCUAAAUAAUAAUAAUAUAAAUAAUAAUAAUAUAAAUAAUAAUAUAAUUAAUAAUAAUGUAAACAAUGUGAAUAAUAAUAAUAAUAAUAAUAAUGCUCUUGUAAUUACUUCCAACAAUUCUCAUAACAAUAUGAACCAUGCGAAUAAUAUAAAUAAUACAAACAACAAUAUAAAUAAUGGCACCUACCAGAAUAAUAAUAAUAAAUAUAAUAAUAAAAAUUCGUAUGCUUAUGAUUAUAAUACAUACCAUACAAAAAAGAAUUCUGAUCAGAAAGGUAAAUUAAAAAAUGAAAGUGAUAAUAUAAACACAGAUGUGAAUAAUAAUAUUAUAAAGAUGAACUCAAGCAAUAGUAGCAACAAUAUAUUAAAUGACCUUAACAGUAGUAUGAAUAAUUUAAACAUUCUAAAGGAUAAUAAUAUGGUGAAUAAUAUAUCAAAUAUGAAUAACAUAUUACAUAUGAAUAACAUAUCAAAUAUGAAUAACAUAUCAAAUAUGAAUAAUAUGAUUCAUAUGAAUAACAUAUUACAUAUGAAUAAUAUGAUUAAUAUAAAUAAUAGGAAUGGUUCAAACAACCCAUCUAUAUACAGUCUGAAAUGUUUGAAAGACAUGCAGACAGAAAAUCAGAAAGAAAAAAAAAAGGUCAAUGAAGAAAAUAUAAAAAUUGAAAAUGAAGAAAAUAAUUUAAUAGAAGCACAAAACAAAGCUGAAAAUCAAAAUGAAAAAGAUCAACAUGUAGAUGUAGAUAUAGAUAUAGAUGUAGAAGUAGAGGAAGAGGAUGGUAUGAAAUUAUUAAGAGAAAAGAUAUGCUUUAAAAUGUUAAAGAGCAUAGAUAUAUAUAUCACUGAAAUAAUUAUGAAGUCUUGUUUUGUCACUGUAUAUAAGAUGAAAGAUGAUGAAUUAAAAUGGAAAAGAGCAGAUAUUGAAGGUUUUUUAUAUAUAGUGAAAAGAUCAAUAAAACCAUAUUAUCGUUUAAUAAUUACAAAUAAAAAAAAUGAAAAACAUCUAUUACAAGAUAUUGAUAGUAAUAUGAAUUUGUCUACAGAUCAAAAUUAUAUUUUUUAUAGAAUUAUAAAUGAAGAAACCAAUACGAGAAAUAUUUAUAGUUUGUGGUUUUAUAGUACUGAUGAAAAAGAACAAAUAUAUAAAGUAUUAAAAAAUAUUGUAGAAAAGGCAUAUCAAGAAAAGACAAUAACUCAAGAGAAUACAAAUAAUAUAUCAAAUGUUAAUAAUAAUAUAUUAAAUGUUAAUAAUAAUAUAUCAAAUGUUAAUAAUAAUAUAUUAAAUGUUAAUAAUAAUAUGUCAAAUACUAAUAAUAAUAUGUCAAAUACUAAUAAUAAUAUGUCAAAUACUAAUAAUAAUAGAAAUAAUAUAUUAACCAAUAUAGGAUCUAUUAAAAAUGAAAAUAUAACUAUGGAUGAGAAAUUAGAAAUGAUAUCAGAACAAAUGAGAAAAAUGUCUCUAAGACCAGAAAAAAAUGAAUCUCUUAAAAAUUUACAAAAUAAAUUUGUAGAAGAUAAUAACCACAUGGCAAAUAUUAAUUUUUUGAAGAAAUCAAGUAUAGAAACAAACUUUAUAACUCCUAACAUAAUAAAUAAUAAUAAUCGCAUAAAUCAAAUAAAUAAUAUAACAACCUUGAAGAAUAUGAAAUAUAAUAAGAUGCCUUCUAUCAAGGCAGAUUAUAAUGUGGAAAAUGAUAAGGAACACAUAUUAGAACUAAUAAAAAACAAAAAUGAUAUUGAAUAUAUGAAAAGGAAAAUAAUUAGUGCUACAGAAAAUGCAACUCCAGAUGUAUACUUAAAUAAUUACCACACAGGUAUUAUGAAUAGUAUGAAUAAUAUAAAUAAUAUAAAUAAUAUGAAUAGUAUGAAUAAUAUGAAUAGUAUGAAUAAUAUAAAUAAUAUGAAUAAUAUAAAUAAUGUUAAUAGUUUACAUUCCCUAAGUAACAGUAAUAAUAGCAAUGUUAAUAUAAAACAUAUGG